AUGGACCCGCGACGCAGGCGGUUCGUCAUUAUCGCUCUUGUCACUAUUGUGCUCUUCUUCCUCUACAUAUCGGUGGGGCAUCCGCCGUCGGUAUCCUCUGCAGUGCAGGCAGGACUCGACUACUUUCUUCAUGUGCCGGAUCUCCCUGCGGCAAACUCGACUCUUGGUUUCGGUGCUAUCGUCGCCGUCUCUACACUCACAUCGAAACGUCGUAACAGUCUGCUGCUGGCAGCAAACAUCACCGAGAUCGACAUUACCAUCCCCGACCAACCAGUCUGGACGGACACAGACCUGAAAAACUUCGUGGCAAAGAACGUUUCUACAAUCACACGCGGCUCGGCACUGGCAUGGAUGGGCCACUUGAAUGUGCUGCGCUGGUUUCUGGACUCUGGGCUUGAAACAAUGCUAGUCAUGGAAGACGAUGUGGACUGGGACAUACACCUACGCACAUCGCAAGUACCUAAAGUGGCAGCCGCCAUGCGCACUCUCCUUACCGAGCAGGCCAACCAUCUUCCCGCAAUACCUAGCACAAGGCAGAAGAUAGUCACGCCAGAACAAGCAGGAGGCUACUGGGGCAACCACCUCGACUGGGAUAUCCUUUACCUCGGCCACUGCGGCGACAUGUUCACACGCUCCGAAUGGACAAACGAAACAGAAGUCCCCCGCGUCGCCCUCAGCGACCCAACCCUGCCAUCGCCAGAAUACAUGCAUAUCCUUACCCGCCGCUUCCUCGCCGAAAUAGGUGUACCGAUCAAGACGCGCGUGGUCCACAAAUCCAUUUCUCCGUUAUGUACCUUCGGCUUUGCGCUAUCUCGCGCAGGCGCCGAACGACUACUUUACGACGUCGCUGCCUCGGAGCCAGAAGGCGGUUGUGAGGCCUACGACGUGCGCAUCCUCGAAACCUGCCGUGAUCUGUCUUUCCGCUGCUGGUCUGCAAACCCAGAACUUUUCCACCACCAAGACGCACCCAGCGAAAUCGCCAUCGUAAACGCCAAAAAGGGCAAAGACCAUACUGCCAAAGAGCAUGACUUGAAAGCUUCGCCGCCAGGGAUUGGAGUAGACAGUGAAGGCAGAUUACAAGGAGCUGCACCGAACAUCGCUUGCGGAGUCCGAGGAAGCAGUUUUUGGACGCAAGAUCCAGACACAGUCGAGUACUUGAAAGAGGUUGUGGGGAGACAGGGGCAUUGUCUGAGAGACCUACACGCUGAAGACAUGAGUGUUUGGCCUCAUCUCUAA